GCGCCAAAGAAUCUGGUGCGCCUUUGCGCGGAGGACAUGGACUUGGACGCAUCUCUCUCUCUCCAUUCCCUUACGCAUCAGCUGCGCUCAGCAGCUCACAUGGUGCCCAAAUGAACCCUCGCCCUCACGCAUCGUCUAACAUACAAUGGAUUAACAGGAAAGACAUGAAUGUCCGCACAGAGGACGGCAUUAGCCUGUGCCAAAGGGCUCUCCAAAUAGUGACGGAGCUGUGCCUCGCAGGGCACGUCGACCGGGAGAAAUGCGCGGAUAUAUUUCCACUGGAGAGCAACAUACCAGGUAAAGGAAGUUCAGACAUCUCUGUAAGUCUCCUAGCUGUGGUCGUAGGUUUCUGUGGGCUCGCCCUUUUGGUAGUCUCUCUCUUUGUCUUUUGGAAGCUGUGCUGGCCCAUUUGGAGAAGCAAGGCGCUCUCGUCCAAUGCUGACAGCUGCCCCCCGGGGGUGAUGCCCGAGGCCCCCCCGGCCCUGGCCCCACCUCUGGUGUCUCGUUCUGUUUCUCCUUAUCCUGAGGCUAAGGUAAUGGGAACCCUGGGAAGACAGCCAUCCCAAAUCCAGCAAGAGGAUGAGGACGAUAAGAAGAGGAAGGUACCAGAAGUGAAGGUCAACGGCCGCAGCUCGGUUAAGCUUCUGGAGGCGGCCAUGAAGAUCAGCCAGACAUCACCAGACAUUCCUGCUGAGGUGCAGCAGGCUCUGCGUGACCGUCUGAGCAAACAGCCCAAAAUCCAGAGGCAGACCACCGAACCUACCUCGUCCUCCAGGCACAAUUCUUUCCGUCGACACCUGCCACGUCAGAUGAAUGUGACCAGCGUGGACUUCACCAUGGACACUCUACCGGUGCGCCAGUCUUCUGCGGUCAGCAUCGGUCGUAUCAAACCUGAGCUGUACAAGCAGAAGUCUGUGGACUCUGAAGAAGGUGCCAAGGAGCCGGUAGAGACAUGCGGCAAGCUGAGCUUUGCCCUCAGCUACGACUACGAGGAACAAGCUCUAGUGGUUCGCAUUUUAAAGGCCCUGGACCUGCCCGCCAAAGACUUCACAGGCACCUCUGAUCCCUACGUGAAGAUCUACCUGCUUCCAGAGCGCAAAAAGAAGUUUCAGACGAGGGUCCAUCGCAAGACGCUCAACCCCACUUUCGAAGAGGCCUUCCGCUUCCCUGUGGAGUACAGUGAGCUGUGCAAUCGCAAGUUGCACUUCAGCGUGUACGACUUUGACCGCUUUACGAGUCACGACAUGAUCGGAGAGGUGGUGGUAGAUAACCUCUUUGAGCUGUCUGACCUAUCACGUGAAGCUGUGGUUUGGAAGGACAUCCUUGCAGCCACUACAGAAAGUGUUGAUCUGGGUGAAAUUAUGUAUUCCCUUUGCUAUCUUCCCACGGCUGGACGCAUGACCCUCACCGUCAUCAAAUGUCGUAAUCUGAAAGCAAUGGACAUAACCGGCUACUCUGAUCCGUAUGUAAAAGUCUCACUCAUAUGUGACGGUCGGAGACUGAAGAAGCGGAAGACAACAACCAAAAAGAACACGCUCAACCCUGUCUAUAACGAGGCCAUUAUUUUCGACAUCCCACCUGAGAAUGUGGAGCAGGUCAGCCUGUCCAUCACGGUGAUGGAUUACGACAGAGUUGGACAUAAUGAAGUGAUAGGGGUAUGCAGGGCAGGGCCGGAUGCGGAGGGUCUUGGGAGGGAUCACUGGAACGAGAUGCUAGCUUAUCCUCGCAAGCCUAUCACCCACUGGCAUGCACUUUGUGAGUGGCCUGGAAGAGCAUCCAGUUUUGAGAGUCAAGGAUCAUGUCCAUCCCCAAAACCCCCACAGACCCCAUAACACCCUGAAGUCCAGACAAAUCUAACCGCAAAACACAUUUGGUUUGUAUAAUUAAUAGGGUAUAUUUUUCUCUAGUUUAGCUUGUUGCAUUUGUAUUUGGAAAAGGACUAAAAAUGACUGGUAUCCCUGCUACAGACACAAUCUGAGUUUCCAAAUGUCACAGUUUCUCUGAUUUUGUUUUACUGGUGCUGAGAUUAUGAGCUCCUAAAACAAUAGUUUUCAGGUCACUUUGAAGCUGACAGUGAAAUAAUUGUGAAGCCUCUUGCUGUUUGACAGUAUAAUGAGGCAAUGUCAUUUUUGCAGACGCGUGAAAUGACAGUGCUUAUCAUUUCAUAUUCUUGAACAUUUCAGAUAUAUAUUCUCCCGUCUGGUUGAAACAUUUGACAAAUUUGAUGCGGGGUUAGGGGAAAGAAGAAAAAAAAGAGGCGUUCGAAUAUGAAAUUAAGAUCUGUUCACGCAAUCACACCAAAUGGAGAACAAUGGAGAUGUCAACAUUGUUACAAUUAUUUAUAAGCCUCUAAUAUGUCUUUCUUUAUAUAAAAAAAAACAGAUGUUACAAAACAGCACUUCUUUAUAUCACCUUUAGAGUCAUAACUCUGCGAGGCAUCAUGAACAAGAAAGCACUGGCAAAGCAUGUUUAAUAUACAUACAUAAGGAAUACUAACUGAGAUCAAUUGCUUAUUAACCGUUGUUUCUGAAGACUUUAUCUCAAUAAAACUGUGGUAGCAUACUGAUUUAAAAAUGAGUAUUAAAAAUGAAUUUAAUUUACAUCAAUACUUGAUGUGCUCAUCACACUUGAAUGUCUAAUAGUUGGUGAAUAAAUAGAAAAUAUUACAGUCAUUUAGCCUUUAAACAUAUAUGGAAACUAGGAUAAGCAGAUUCAUAAAGGCAUUGCUAUAUUUAAAAAAUCUGGAUAUACAAAAAGCACAGACAUAUAGCAGUAAGCCACUAAAAGGUCACUUAAGAGCUGUCAUAAUAUACCAAAUUUUGUCCAUAAUUAGGCAUUUGUCUUUUAGCAUAUGCUGAAAAUUAUGGUCAAAAGGAAUUUUCACAGUAGCCAAACAAUGUAGCUUGUUGUAUUUUAGUUGUUUUUGAAAAAACUGAAUAAAAUCAUCAACAUACAGAACAAUAUUCAUAUCAAUUCAUGCUGUCUUUAAAAACACUUGCCAAAAAUUCAAUCCUGAAUCACAAUCAUCCCACUCCUGUUCUCCGCCCUAGACUUACUGAUGUAUUAAAUAUUUCCUUUACCAUUACUAAAAACUCUUACAAGUAAAAAGUGUUUGAAAAAAUAGACAAAUAAAUGAACAUUUAAUGGUGUUUGAUCCCACUGUAGGAAAGGUGCUAUAAAAAAAUUCUGUCAGGCAAAUAUUAGAAAAAUAUAUGCAGGUCCAUCUUCAGCUGAUGUUAAAAAAUAUAAAAAAUAAAAUACGACGAGCUUUCUUUAGAGGGGUUCAAGGAUGAAUUGGUUCAGGGUAAAACCGAUGUUUUCAAAGAGCACCAUCUAAAGCAACUGAAGCAAUUUUUUUCAGCGGAAAGAGAGGUGAAGCACUACCAACAUUAAUUUAAAGUGGAUGGACAAUAGAGAAACCUUGAUUUACUUUUCAUUCGAGUGAAUUCCGCCCGUUGAUUAGCAGUUUUGUUAUGUCAGAGAAUUAGCAUUCAUUGUGUGAAAUCAUCCAGCAUCUAUUCAGUCGGUAUGCAAAUAAUAUGGUACAACAUGGUAAUUGCACACCUAAGGUUUUAAAUCUGGACCCUCGCGAUUGGGUUUUCUGAGCGUAUUCUGGUGUGUCCAUUAAGUAAUAAUGCAAUCAUGGCAAUUACACAAACGGCUGUGUACUGUUAACUUUAAUUUGCACAAGACAGUGCUUCUGCCCCAGAGCUCGGUCGGCGUGAUAGAACAAAGAUGAAGUAUUCUUGUAGCAUGCUGAUACCAGUACAUUAGAUAUUGUUUAGAAAUCUGUUAUUUCUGAGAGGUAUUAUUUUUAUUUCAUUUAAUUCCGCCGGUGCCAGCGCGUGUCUAUAUUUGAGGAUUUCUUUGAAUUGUUAUGUUGUUAAAGUGCAUUUCUAUGGAUCGUUUGGUGGUUGGUUUGUACUAUGGGCUCGUGAUCUUGAAUAACUUUAUACACAAUUUGCAUAUAUUGUGUAAUGGCUUCUAAAAAAAAUUGUACAACUGUUUUGAUUAGCACUCACUUCCUGAGAAUACUUCUUGUUCUUGCUAUUGAUGAACUGCUUCUCAGUGAUUCUUUGUCAUAUUUGCACCGGACAACUAAAACGAUCGCUAUAUAUGUUGUUAUGAUGUGUACAGUUUGUGAUAACUUUUGUAAGAAAAAAAAGGAAAUGCAGUAAAUAUUUGAAAUAUAAUUUUACUGGAUGUUUCAAAUGUAUUUUAACUAAAUAAAUUCUGAAUUGUCAAAGUGUA